GGAGCCACACCCCGCCGCGGACCCUUCGUCCUCUUCUCAGUUCUCUCUCCGCCGCGCGUGAGACCAUCCCGGGAAGAGCGCGGCCGCCCACGCCCGGAGCAUCCUCUGCUGACGAGCGGGCGCCGGCGGCAUGAUGCGGCUGCGAGGCUCGGCGAUGCUGCGCGAGCUGCUCCUGCGGCCGCCCGCCGCCGUCGGAGCCGCCCUGCGGCGCGCGCAGCCCCUCGGCACGCUGUGCCGGCGCCCCCGGACGGGGAGCCGGCCGGCCGCGGGCCUGGUGGCCACCGCGCGACUCCACCCGUGGUGGGGCGGGGGCGGCCGCGCCAAGGGCCCGGGCGCCGGCGGCCUGUCCAGCUCGCCCUCGGAGAUCCUGCAGGAGCUGGGCAAGGGAGGCGCGCCGCCCCAGCAGCAGCCCGGGGCGUCGCCGCCCGCAGCCCCGCCAGCGCCGGGCCCCAAGGACAGCCCGGGGGAGACGGACGCGUUCGGUAACAGCGAGGGCAAGGAGAUGGUGGCCGCGGGCGACAAUAAAAUAAAACAGGGUCUGUUACCUAGCUUGGAAGAUUUGCUGUUCUAUACAAUUGCAGAAGGGCAAGAAAAGAUACCUGUUCACAAGUUUAUUACAGCACUCAAAUCUACAGGAUUGCGCACGUCCGAUCCCAGGUUGAAAGAGUGUAUGGAUAUGUUAAGAUUAACUCUUCAGACAACGUCAGAUGGUGUCAUGCUAGACAAAGAUCUUUUUAAAAAGUGUGUUCAAAGCAACAUUGUCUUGUUGACACAAGCCUUUAGAAGAAAGUUUGUCAUUCCUGACUUUAUGUCUUUUACCUCACACAUUGAUGAGUUAUAUGAAAGUGCUAAAAAGCAGUCUGGCGGGAAGGUUGCUGAUUAUAUUCCUCAGCUGGCCAAGUUCAGUCCUGAUUUGUGGGGUGUAUCUGUCUGUACAGUAGAUGGGCAAAGGCAUUCUAUUGGUGACACCAAAGUUCCCUUCUGUCUUCAGUCCUGUGUGAAACCCCUGAAAUACGCCAUUGCUGUUAAUGAUUUGGGAACUGAGUAUGUGCAUCGCUAUGUUGGGAAAGAGCCAAGUGGAUUAAGAUUCAACAAACUGUUUUUGAAUGAAGAUGAUAAACCACAUAAUCCUAUGGUAAAUGCUGGAGCAAUUGUUGUGACUUCACUAAUAAAGCAAGGAGUAAAUAAUGCCGAGAAGUUCGACUAUGUGAUGCAAUUUUUGAAUAAGAUGGCUGGUAAUGAAUAUGUUGGAUUCAGUAAUGCAACGUUUCAAUCUGAACGAGAAAGUGGGGACCGAAAUUUUGCAAUAGGAUAUUACUUAAAAGAAAAGAAGUGCUUUCCAGAAGGCACAGACAUGGUUGGGAUACUAGAUUUUUAUUUCCAGCUAUGCUCCAUUGAAGUGACAUGUGAAUCAGCCAGUGUGAUGGCUGCAACAUUGGCUAAUGGCGGUUUCUGCCCAAUUACUGGUGAAAGAGUACUUAGUCCUGAGGCAGUUCGAAAUACCCUGAGUUUGAUGCAUUCCUGUGGCAUGUAUGAUUUCUCAGGGCAGUUUGCCUUCCAUGUUGGUCUUCCUGCAAAAUCUGGAGUUGCUGGAGGGAUUCUUUUAGUUGUCCCCAAUGUCAUGGGCAUGAUGUGCUGGUCUCCUCCUCUUGACAAGAUGGGCAACAGUGUUAAAGGAAUUCACUUCUGUCAUGAUCUUGUUUCGCUGUGUAACUUCCAUAACUAUGAUAAUUUGAGACACUUUGCAAAAAAACUUGAUCCUCGGAGAGAAGGUGGUGAUCAAAGGGUAAAGUCUGUGAUAAACCUUCUGUUUGCUGCGUAUACUGGAGAUGUGUCUGCCCUCCGGAGGUUUGCUUUAUCAGCCAUGGACAUGGAGCAACGGGACUAUGACUCCAGGACAGCGCUCCAUGUGGCUGCUGCAGAGGGUCAUGUUGAAGUUGUUAAGUUUUUGCUGGAAGCUUGCAAAGUAAACCCUUUCCCGAAGGACAGGUGGAACAACACCCCCAUGGAUGAAGCGCUGCACUUUGGACACCAUGAUGUUUUUAAAAUCCUCCAGGAGUACCAAGUCCAGUACACACCCCAAGGGGAUCCCGACAAUGGGAAGGAAAGUCAGACUGUCCACAAGAACCUCGAUGGGCUGCUGUAACGCUCUGAAAUCACUUACCUACUGAGCUGUGGAACAUGAUUGUGAAGAACAUGUAUAUUUCUAGCUGGUAGUGAUGUGUACUUUACAAAUUUGUCAUGUCAGUGUUACUGGAGUUUCCUUCAUUGUGCACACAGGACACAUCUGAUUUCUUUGGGGAAAAUAGAAAUAAAACAACCUCCCUUCAUAAUGUGAGCAAUAGUUACCUCGUGCGUUGUACAAUUUGAUGUAAAAGAAUAGUUUCCAAUGCUAGCUGGAUGGUGUGGUCUUCAGGAUUUGUGUGUUUUGUAAAUUUUCAAUCCUGGGUGAUGAUAUGCUCAUACGCAUUUAUGAGUUAAGCUUUGUUGUACAGUCUAUCCACGGGGUCAACGCUGUUAUUAGAUGAAAACAGUGUGAUUUUCAAGACUUUAAAUAUAGAUUUAGUUUGAAUGUUUGAACAACCAUAUGCACUAACAUGGUUGAGUGUUUAAAAUGACUGUCACCCCCAACUUAACAGUGUGACUCCUUAAAUAUUAAAAUAGCUACUAGCUGUUCAUAGAAUUUGCCAGUUCUGAUUAGAUUUUAUCAGGGAAUCUGUUAAGAUAUGUUUCGUGACCAAAACAUAUGUGUGAAUAUAGUCUAGCACUUUUAAACCCUUUCCUUUCUCUAUGGUCCUUAGGCCAGCCUCUCUGUGGUAUUUAGCUGUCACUUCCCCUUAGCUGGGAAAGAAGUGAGUGCUGGCAUGCCAUGCAGUUCUCAUGUUUCCUCAGCAAGUCAUCCAGCCUCACAGUCCGAGCAUCAGAGAUAGAGCUUGGCCGAGAAGAUGAAUCAAAAUUAAGAUGUCUAAAUUAGCCGUCAUUCUUAAGAGUAAAGACAGUGUGGACUCACAAGUUCCUUUUCAGCUUCUACAAUAAAGAAAAAUUCAGAAAUGCUUUCAGUUACCAAAGUUACAGUGACAUACUUAGGAACUGCUACAGGUAAUAUUUGCUUUUAGUCUACUGUCAGAAGCCUGCAUUAGCUGGCACCCUUUCUGGAGGGCCAGGCAUCAUUCUGGAUUUCCCUCCCUCUGUUCCUGUCUGGAUUCUAUUAGUAAGAAGAAGUCACUUUUCUGUAAAUUUAGACUCACCAUUGCUUUGAUUUUGGAAAGUAGUUUUUGAUUAAUUGAGAAAACAGGUAAAAAGGACCUUAGGAAGAACACAAUUUUCUAGGAAUUGAACAUGUUGUAACCUAUUGUACCUCCAAGAGAUGAGGGGUAUGUUAGUGAAGACUUCUGAUAAUUAAGCACAUGCUUGCAUGCAUGUACACACACAAAUGCUCGUCUUGGAAACUGCUUGUGGAAUAAGCAAACUUCUCAACUACACAAAUGCUAGUGGUUACCACAUUGAUACAGCAUCCCCUUUGACCCUCACUAUCAACACAGGUGGCACCCAAGUUUUAUGACGCCCAUCAGCACAUCGUUCACUCCAAUAGCUUCUAGCUGCUCUGAUCCUCUUUUUAACCACCCCUCCCAUUCUCUAGCCAGCACCUCCCUUGAUGAAACUGUGGCUAGUGUCCCUUCACUGAACCAGGCACCACCAACAUGUUUAGAUUCUAAGUUCCAGAACUGGGAAGUAUGGGGGGGGCACCUAGCCCUGCCAUUGCAUUCCUGCUUCCACAAGCUUCUCAAGACAGGUGGACAGGUGGUCGGUCACCUCCAAAGUUAAGGAGUGAGCAUGUUUUAAUUGGAAUCAACUAAGAUGGCUGUAUCCCAGGAGCUGCUGCCUUUGUGUGAUUCAAUCCGUGACUUCAAUAUUACCAGUGACUUUGAGGCUUCUCUGAAUAUUGCUUGGUAUACUAUUUGAAAACAAAAGUUGUCAUCUUUUCUGAGAUCAGAGCUGUUUUGUACAGUCUUUGUGGCUUGGUUAAACAUGCUCUUUUCCUUCAUGGUGUUAUAUGACUGUUUGCUAUUGGCUGAUAACAAUGAGAACUCUUUGUUAAAUGCUUAAAUGAGCUGUUACUGCUGCCGUCAGUAAACUCCAAAGAUCUUUUUUGUUUUGGCUUUACAAUCUUGUGUGAUUUUUCUGUAUCAUGGAAACAGUACAUGCUCAUGUUGACUUAAGCUGUUUACACUGCUGUCUCCCUGUCCCAGUCCUAACACCCAUGUCUGGUGACACACUCUACCCCACUGCUUCCCACGCUGCGCUUUAGCUGCACUGCUGGAUUCGCUGUCCCUACUGUCUACCAGGGACUAAAAGACCUGAUGUUGGAUUUCGGUCCCUCCUGGGGAGUCCAAAGCUAUGAAUGUAUUUACCUCCGACGUUUCCCAAAAUGAAAUCUUAAAACUAUAAAUUGUAGUAUUCUGAAAUUGGGAAUUGCUUAUUUUAAAUGAGGCCAGGUAGUGUGGCUUUUUAAGCAUAAUAAAUACAUGUGUUGAAAACAA